AUGGUCGGCCGUCUCGAGGGCAAAGUCGCGAUUGUGACUGGAGGAGGUUCAGGCUUCGGAGCCGGUAUUGCGACAAAAUUUGUGCAGGAAGGUGCGAAAGUCCUCAUCGCCGACCUGUCACAGGAAAAUGGCGCCAAAGUGGCACAGUCGCUGGGCGCCGAAUAUCUCGCUGCCGAUGUCACGAAACGCUCGGACUGGGAAGCCCUGCUGAAGAAGGCUGUUGAUUCCUUCGGCGGCCUGGAUAUUGUUGUCAACAAUGCGGGUACAACUUACAAGAACAAGCCGACGGAGAGCGUCACGGACGAUGACUUCGACUUGGUCUUUAACGUCAACGUCAAGAGCAUAUACCUCUCCAGCAAUGUUUUGGUACCAUAUUUCAUCGAAAACAACCGACCCGGAUCAUUUAUUCAGAUCGCAUCGACUGCGGGAAUAAGGCCUCGACCGGGAUUGACUUGGUACAAUGCUUCUAAGGCGGCUGUCAGCAAUGCAUCGAAAACCAUGGCGGUCGAAUAUGCUCCGAAGCAAAUCCGAUUCAAUGCUGUCUGUCCUGUCGUUGGGAGCACUGGAUUAACCCACCUUUUCUUGGGCAAGGCAGAUACCGAGGAGAACAGAAAGGGAUUUGUGUCGACGAUACCGCUAGGAAGAGGAAGCACCCCCAAGGAUGUGGCGAAUGCGUGUUGCUAUCUCGCAAGUGACGAGGCAGAGUUCAUAACCGGCGUCAAUCUAGAAGUCGAUGGCGGCAGAUGUGUAUGA